AUGGAGGCCACAGGAACAGAAGAAGUUGACAAACUAAAAACUAAAUUUAUAUCUGCUUGGAACAACAUGAAAUAUAGUUGGGUGUUGAAAACAAAGACAUAUUUUAGUAGAAAUUCUCCUGUAUUAUUACUUGGAAAAUGUUAUCAUUUUAAAUGUGAAGAUGAAAAUAAAAUGUUACCUGCAAGAUCAGGAUGUACAAUAGAAGAUCAUGUGAUUUCGGGAAAUGUAGACGAAUUUCGUAAAGAUUUUAUUUCAAGAAUAUGGCUGACCUAUAGGGAAGAAUUUCCUCAAAUAGAAGGCUCAUCUCUGACAACAGACUGUGGUUGGGGCUGUACAUUACGAACUAGCCAGAUGCUAUUGGCUCAAGGACUCAUACUGCACUUUCUUGGUAGAGCUUGGACCUGGCCUGAUGCUUUGAACAUUGAAAAUUCAGACUCUGAAUCAUGGACUUCCCACACUGUAAAAAAAUUUACUGCAUCAUUUGAAGCAUCGCUGUCAGGGGAAAGAGAACCCAAAACCCCAACAAUUUCUCUGAAGGACACAAUUGGGAGGUACUCUGAUGAUCAUGAAAUGCGAAAUGAAAUUUAUCACAGGAAAAUCGUCUCUUGGUUUGGUGACUCCCCCUUGGCUCUCUUCGGCUUACACCGACUAAUAGAAUAUGGAAAGAAGUCUGGGAAAAAAGCUGGAGAUUGGUAUGGACCAGCUGUGGUGGCUCACAUUUUAAGAAAAGCAGUUGAAGAAGCAAAACACCCUGAUUUACGAGGAAUAACUAUUUAUGUUGCGCAAGAUUGUACAGUUUACAGUUCAGAUGUAAUUGAUAAACAGUGUGCUUCCAUGGCCUCUGGUAAUACAGAUGACAAAGCUGUUAUUAUUCUAGUUCCUGUUAGACUUGGUGGAGAAAGAACCAAUACUGACUACUUAGAGUUUAUAAAGGGUAUUUUAAGUCUUGAAUAUUGUGUGGGGAUUAUUGGUGGCAAACCAAAACAGUCAUAUUACUUUGCUGGAUUUCAAGAUGACAGUUUGAUUUACAUGGAUCCUCAUUACUGCCAGUCUUUUGUAGAUGUCAGCAUAAAGGAUUUCCCUCUUGAGACAUUCCAUUGCCCUUCUCCCAAAAAGAUGUCAUUUCGAAAGAUGGAUCCUAGCUGUACAAUAGGAUUCUACUGUCGAAACGUUCAGGACUUCAAACGAGCUUCUGAAGAAAUCACUAAGAUGCUGCAAAUUUCUUCUAAAGAGAAGUAUCCCUUAUUUACUUUUGUCAAUGGUCAUUCCAGAGACUAUGAUUUUACAUCGACUACAACCAAUAAGGAAGACAGUUUCCCAGAGGAUGAAAAUAAAAUAUUAAAAAGAUUUAGCACAGAAGAGUUUGUCUUGCUUUAA